AUGCUUAAAGGUUUCAAGCGAUCGGGUAGAGACAGUGGCAGCAAGAGCAGAAUCACAUCUGCAGACAUAUCUUCCCCCACAGCAGACCACAGUAAUGUUGCAAAACACAUGAAAACCAUACCAAUUCGUUCAGGCUCGUCUGCUUCGACACAAUCUAAUCGGACAUCGAAAAGCACGGCCAACUCUGACAAGGUGAUCAAAGCUCUCUACAACUAUCAGGCCCAGUCCCCUCGCGAACUCUCGUUUGUGAAAGGCGAGUUCUUCAUAGUACAGACUGAAGACAAGGAAUGGUACGACGCAGCAAGUCCCAAUGACCAGCGCAGAGGAAUGGUACCAAAAAGCUACUUCGAGACAUUCUCCAGAGGACGUUCAGACUCAUAUGGGAUCGCCAGCAGCCAGUCUCUUACGCAACCAAAAAUGCAAACUCAGGGCCUUGAGAAGGGUCAAAACAAUGGCCAAAGACCCGGGUCGUUAUAUGCAAUUGUCCUGUACGAUUUCCGUGCCGAAAAAUCUGACGAGCUGACGACUUACGCAGGUGAGAACUUGUUCAUAUGCGCCCAUCACAAUUUUGAAUGGUUCAUUGCCAAGCCGAUAGGCCGACUGGGAGGACCGGGCCUCGUGCCGAUUGGUUACGUUAGUAUAAUCGACAUUGAUACGGGCUACGCCACGGGCAGCGACAUCAGCGAAGAUAUACAAUCCGCGAAUUUACCCACCGUGCAGGAAUGGAAAUCGAACGUUGCAAAAUACAAAGCUAGUAACAUAUCCUUGAGCUCGCCUGAAAUGAAGCUACAGCAGCGUACAAGUUCCUACGCGGGUUCUGGAGGCAAUCCUGGAGCACCAAGUCACAACUCGUACUUCAGCUCGACGAUUACACACGCAGCUGUAGAUUCGUUCUCUUUGGAGGGUGACAAGUUCUGGUUUAAUGUGGUGUGCGAGCUUUCUGACGGAAGAGCACGCACUCUGAAAAGAUAUUAUGAGGACUUUUAUGACUUGCAAGUCAAACUUUUGGACACAUUCCCUGCAGAAGCUGGCAAACUCAGAGACGUACGAGGUCAAUGGACAAAGCGUAUUAUGCCAUAUAUACCAGGUCCGGUACCGUACGUCACAGACUCGAUCACCAAGAAACGGAAGGAGGAUCUGAACAAGUACGUGCGCGAUCUGAUCGGACUGCCCAUGCACAUAUCUCAAUGCGAUACUGUCCGAUCGCUUUUCGAUAUAAGGAAAAAUGGGUUUGAUCAAGAAUUCGCCCAGGAGCCAACAGUGACGCUCAACCAUUUAUCAGGUACGACCGAGAGAUCAAAUAAUGCUUUUCCCGGGGCCAAGGUAGCCGAAGACUCAACUCUUACAGGCGAGGAACUCAAGGUUUACGAAAUGAUGAAUGAACUCUCGCUAAGAAAUACCAAACCACAUUCUCGACCACCAAGCGUGUCUCCACCACAGAUGAAGCCCACAAAAAUAAAGUUCUUUUAUAAAGACGACAUUUUUGCUCUGCUGCUCGAUACUAACAUAACAUACACCGAACUGCGUGUCAGAAUUGCACCAAGAAUUGAGAGCCCUGCUUUCAAACUAUACGUGAAGCUCGACAAUUCUGUCGGCGAGGAGGUAACAGGCGAUUAUCAGGUCUCCGAGGUGGUGCGUGGGAGGCUUAAGAUCCUAGUUGAGGAUGCGUGA